AUAAUAAUAUGUCUAAUGAAUGUAUAUAAUGUGAGUCGCGAUCGGUGUAUAGUGUAUAUUUCACAAAUCUAUACUUCGAUUUGAUGAUUUUCCCGAAUGCUGACAUAACAGGUAACGUUACAGAGAGUGUCUACGGUUGUAGCAGUUUCGUGCUUAUGCUGUCACGGUGUUUUUGUAAUAAUGACAUAUGCUAUACGCUAUGUUGUGGUGAUCUCCGUUAUAUAUUCCGUGUACGGUGAUAUGCCAGUGGUAGCACGAUGGAGAGACGAUCUUAGAUGUGGUCCUGAGUUCCAAAUCACUGAGUUGAACACCACCAGUGAAUGUGAUCCAUACAGCAAUACUCCAUGCUGUUCUCCGUAUGGGUGGUGCGGCUCAACACAAUCACAUUGUCAUUGUGCAAUGUGCAACGAUUAUAGAAAACGCUUAGAUCGAAUUACGGUAACCAUGGUAACGCCAACAGUCAUCGCAAUAGCUUGGAUAUCGCCACAAGAACUGAUUGAUCCAUUGUAUAACAUCACCUUAGAUAUUGAGCCUCUUGAUGGCAGCAUGGAAUUUCCUUUGACUAUUCAAGCAAACAUCACAGAAUUUGUUUAUGAAAACUUAGUACCAAAUACAGAAUACAAUAUUACUAUACAUGUACCAACGAACCCACCGCGCAUUGCUGCUCUAUUGCAAAAGACAGAUCGUGAUCCAUGUUCUUCUAACCCAUGUAAGAAUGCAACGGCUACGUGUACUGCAGCGUCCGAAUCCUGUUUUCUUUACGAGUGUUUCUGUGAAGAUCCAGUGAAUGGUUGCUUUGUAGGAGAAGAUUGUGACAGACGUUAUGAUCCCUGCAAUCCUAACCCUUGCUGGCCUGGUACGUGCGAGAGAGAUGACCUGUUUUGCAGUGAGACGUGCAUCUGUCCGGACUGUUAUACUGGCCGCUACUGUGAGCAAUUGUUGAAACCAUGUGACCCAAAUCCGUGCAAUGGUGGAAUAUGCGCACAACAAGGACGCUCCUGUUUCCAGUAUACAUGCAUAUGUCCCGAAUGUUACAAUGGCAGAAACUGUGAAACUUACAUUGAAGACGUAUGCCAAUUAGACAAUCCUUGUCGCAAUAACGGAACGUGUCAUCCAACCAAUAACUCAUGUUCAGAAUACACGUGUGAAUGUCCAGAGUGUAUUACAGGAGAUGUGUGCCACCAAGAGGUUAACCCUUGCAGCCCAAACCCAUGUCUUAACGAUGGGAAGUGUGUUGCAAUGAACGACUCCUGUGUUGAUUACACAUGUCAGUGUGGGCAAUGUUAUGCUGGAGAACACUGCAGCAAUUAUACCUCUCUAUGUGACUUUGCGCCCUGUUUAAAUGGUGGAACAUGUAUUCCUGAUGAUACGGACUGUACAGCUUAUAUUUGCAAUUGUCAAGGUCUUUGGUUUUGGACAAACUGUGCAUGGAAUAUCGGAUCAGCCAUAAUUGCGGGGGAAGUUUUUAUUUUUGUUUUUGUUUGUUUUGUAAUUGUCGUGUACAAAAGAAGACAGUUUGUCCGACAGAGGCUUUGUACACUGUGGAAACCCGAGAAAAUCCGAACGUGUACUACCGUUAAAAGCGGGGAUAGUGAUGAUUUGUGUAUGCGGGAGAUGACAGGUCAUGAUGUCGUGUCAUCCAUUGACUGGUCCAUUGAACGUUUCGGGAAUGACGGCAGCGUAUUGCCAAUCGGAUAUGAUAACGAUCCUAACUUAGAAGCACGUACUCUAGAAAACACCGAUGACUCCCCGACAUGCUCGGAUAUUACUCGCAAUUUCUUCACUCAAACAUCUUGGCACGGACUGCCUCAGAUAGCCCGCGCCAAUCAAGCAUGUUCCCGAAUAUUCUGGACAGUGCUCCUUGUCAUCGCGAUUAUCCUCGUAACUGCACAGCUGUCGCUGGUUAUAAAGCGUUUCUUUAAUUAUCCAAUACUCAUCAAAGUAGAAGAGUUGCCCGAGUCAGUAUUGCUUUUUCCAGCAGUUACAGUGUGCAAUACGAACAAAGUGCGGUCAUCGGCAUUGGCACGAAGCAAAUAUUCACCGUUGGUGGCGAUAAUGAAAGAAGCUCAGGUCUUUCCAUAUUAUGUUCCGUGUUUACAUGGUGACUUUCUGUGCAACGAUCAGAUCAACUGUAUCAAAUCCUAUGGUGUGUGUGACGGCGAAAUCAGUUGCCCGGAUGCUAGUGACGAGUUCGGCUGUGACUACAGUCUCUUUAUAUGCAGCGAAGGAGAGUUUAAGUGCAGCAAAGGGGGAUUCUAUGGAAUAUGUGUAGAUGCUAGCAAGGUAUGCGAUGGUAUUGACGACUGCAUUGACGCACAGAGGGAAGAUGAAAAUCCUGAAAUGUGCGGGAAUACACAGCGACGUGAUAUCAAUGAUGAUGCUUGUCAACAAGGAUUUCGAUGUGACAUGGGAAUCUGUCAUCCUAAUAUCCACAGGUGUGAUUACAAGACAGACUGCAAGGACAAGAUGGAUGAAGUCGGCUGUCGAUAUCGGAAAUGCCAGGAAUGGGAAUAUGCGUGUGAUAACAAAAAAUGCAUCAUCAAAAAGAAGGUCUGUGAUUGGGUAGAUGACUGUGGUGACGGAAGUGACGAAGUACAGUGUAUCCAUAAUCACUGUGAAAAUGCGGAAUUUUCGUGUAAUAAUGGUCAAUGUAUUGACAAUUGGAAGGUGUGCAAUGGAUACACUGACUGUAUAGAUAAAAGCGACGAGGAAGCAAACUGCACCGAUGUCCAUUGUGUAGAUAAUUAUGAGGCAUGUCCCUAUUGGGCAGCACAAGGUGAAUGUUCCCAGAAUUCUUUGUUUAUGAAAUCAAGGUGCCAAUUAAGCUGUGGGAUCUGUGUUGGAAAACAAGUGGUUGUUGGCAAUGAUGGCGAAUGUCCCAGUGGUUUUUUUAAAUGUCGCAGUGGAUAUUGCAUUGAAAGUAUUCGAUACUGUAACAAUGAACAAGAGUGUGACCAAGGCGAAGAUGAGUAUUGGCCAUUAUGUGUACAUACUGAAUCGGCAGAGAUUGCUAGUCCAUUUCAUGAAGGUUGGCAGGAUGAGUACUUGGAUAUUACUGAAGACUCUGAACAGCUAUUUGAUGAGUUCCAGGAAUAUUACUACACAAAUCCCGGUUUCGAUAGAGUGGGGCGAGAAGAUCCAGCAGAUUGGAAGGACUUCGUAACAUUCAGCUCGACUCCAGACUACAGUGAUCUUAGAAAUGUGUUAAAACUGACAGCAGAAGAAAUCCGCGAAUACGGGCACCAAUUUGAAGAUUUCAUUCUGCAAUGUACUUUCAAUGGUGCACCGUGUGACCCGGGAGACUUUGUUACAAUACCGAAUGAACAUUACGGUAACUGCUUUAUUUUCAACGCUGAUCUACACGAACAGAAAAAAUCAACUCGAUCUGGUGGCGGUUCUGGACUGUUAUUAACAGUGUUCACGGAACAAGAAGAAUACCUGGGCAUGUAUGGACAAGAGUCUGGUGUGCGUAUCGUUAUCCACCAGCCCAUGGAAGUUCCAUCACCUGAAGAGGAGGGCAUGACGGCAAAGACGGGUUCGGUGACAUCAUUUGCCAUUAAAAAAUCCGUAGCACACCGUUUGCAAACACCAUAUGGCCAAGACUGCAAACCCAAUGUUCCUGACGAUGAAGGGUUUCUUUAUUCUAGAAAGGAAUGCCAAGUAGAUUGUCUGCAUAAAUAUAUGUACAUCUACUGUGGAUGUCUUGAUACAUUCGCCGGAUCGCCUCGUUGUCUUAUGUUGAAUAAGACUCAGGGCCCAACUACUAAAAAAUAUUCAUUCCAUCAACCCCAAAACAAAAAGUAUAACAAAUCUCCAGAGUGCUACGAGGAAGACCUGGCCAGUGACAUCGGCGGUCUUCUAGGUCUGUACAUCGGAAUAUCAACGAUAACUAUAUUUGAAUCGUUCGACUUUCUUUUCGACGUAAUAAGAUUGUGUCUGCAUAAAACAAUAUACAGGAAGCGAGCAAGUCGACCGCCUCAGUUGCACAUUCAGACUAGAUAG